AUGGGUCAUCCCCAAACCACCAAAUUGGACAUCCCCAAACCACCAAUUGGGACAUCCCCAAACCACCAAUUGGGACAUCCCCAAACCACCAAUUGGGACAUCCCCAAACUACCAAAUGAGACAUCCUCAACCACCAAAUUGGACAUCCUCAACCACCAAAUGGGACUUCCCCAAACCUCCAAAUUGAACAUCCCCAAAACACCAAAUGGGACAUCCCCAAACCACCAAAUUGAACAUCCCCAAACCACCAAUUGGGACAUCCCCAAACCACCAAUUGGGACAUCCCCAAACUACCAAAUGAGACAUCCUCAACCACCAAAUUGGACAUCCCCAAACCACCAAAUUGGACAUCCCCAAACCACCCAAUGGGACAUCCCCAAAACACCAAAUUGGACAUCCCCAAACCACCAAUUGGGACAUCCCCAAACCACCAAUUGGGACAUCCCCAAACCACCAAUUGGGACAUCCCCAAACUACCAAAUGGGACAUCCCCAAACCACCAAAUGGGACAUCCCCAAACCACCAAAUUGGACAUCCCCAAACCACCAAAUGGGACAUCCCCAAACCACCAAAUGGGACAUCCCCAAACCACCAAAUGGGACAUCCCCAAACCACCAAAUUGGACAUCCUCAAAACACCAAAUGGGACAUCCCCAAAACACAAAAUGGGACUUCCCCAAAACACAAAAUUGGACAUCCCCAAACCAUCAAAUGGGACAUCCCCAAACCACCAAAUGGGACAUCCCCAAAACACCAAAUGGGACAUCCCUAA